GGAGAAGGGCUGGCCGGCUGGGCUGGCUGGGUGGGUGGGGUGCGGGACGGUAACCUGGCAGCGGCGGAGAGGUGGGUGUACAGUUUUAGCUGAUGUGGAGCGGCCGGCGCCGUCACACUUCGAGGGAAGAUUAUAAAUGUCAGAGCUGUUUAACUUAUGCUUAGCUGAUGAAUUCUACUGACACAUCCUUAAAUAUCUUCUCUCACCAAGGUCUUCGUUGAGAAGAGUUCAGAAAAAGUAGCAGAUAGGAGAGGCAGCAUUCACGUUUGCUAUGGCCAUUCCCAUAACAGUGCUUGACUGUGAUCUUUUGCUGUAUGGCCGGGGACACCGGACAUUGGACCGUUUUAAGCUGGAUGAUGUGACCGAUGAAGACUUGAUGUCCAUGUAUGGGUUUCCGCGACAGUUCAUUUAUUACCUGGUGGAGCUCUUGGGGCCCAGUCUUUCUCGACCUACUCAGCGGUCCAGGGCCAUCAGCCCAGAGACACAGAUCCUUGCAGCCCUGGGCUUUUAUACAUCAGGCUCCUUCCAGACCCGAAUGGGAGAUGCUAUUGGAAUCAGCCAGGCCUCUAUGAGUCGUUGUGUUGCCAAUGUCACCGAAGCACUUAUGGAAAGAGCCACCCAGUUCAUUCACUUUCCAGCUGAUGAAGCCUCUGUGCAGGCUCUGAAGGACGAAUUCUAUGGGUUGGCAGGGAUGCCUGGGGUGAUAGGGGUGGUUGACUGUAUCCACGUGGCAAUCAAGGCACCAAAUGCUGAAGACCUCUCAUAUGUGAACCGCAAAGGUCUGCAUUCUCUAAACUGCUUGAUGGUAUGUGACAUCAGAGGGGCAUUAAUGACUGUGGAGACAAACUGGCCUGGCAGCCUACAGGACUGUGCUGUGCUCCAACAGUCCUCCCUAAGUAGUCAAUUUGAAGCUGGGAUGCACAAGGAUAGUUGGCUUCUUGGUGACAGUUCAUUUUUUCUCCGAACCUGGCUCAUGACCCCGCUUCCUCUCCCAAAAACUCCUGCAGAAGAUCGUUAUAACCUGGCUCACUCUGCGACACACAGCGUGAUGCAGAAGACUCUGCGGACACUCUGUUCUCGCUUCCGCUGUCUGGAUGGGUCCAAGGGGGCACUGCAGUACUCGCCAGAGAAGUCCAGCCACAUCAUCAUGGCCUGCUGUGUCCUACACAACAUCUCCCUGGAGCAUGGCAUGGACAUCUGGUCUUCCUGGCCAAUAGCAGGGCCCAUGCAGCAGCCCCUGGAGGAGGAGUAUGAGCCCAUGGAGUCCCUGGACCUAGAAGCUGACCGCAGCCGUCAAGAGCUGUUGCUGGCUCAUUUCAGCUGAUGGGAAGACUUUCCAGAGAGGACUGUGACAGCUUUUCCAUGUACUCCCGCCUUCACAGCUUGGUCAGCUAGCGUGAUCCAGUGUACAGAAGCUUGUUAUGAAUCAACAUUGCCAUCUUGUGUCUUAGAAGGGUUGGGGCUGGCCAGAAUGUCAUGAUUCCAGCCAGGUGGUGGCACAUACCUGUAAUCCCAGAAUUUGGAAGACUGAGGCAGGAGGAUCACUGUGUAUUUGAGACCGCUCGGAACUACAGAGUGAGGCCCUAUCCCCAAAAAAAACAAUCAGAGAAUUUGUUGAUUCUUUGCAAAUGCCUUAACUAAACCAAAGCCCAGAUGGUGCUCUCUGCUACCCAGUGAACUCCAGCUUGGCCUUCAUUCCCUUGAAAGGUCACUGAUAGUGAGUACAGUUGGGCCUAAAAGUCAUGGGAAAGGGGAAAACAACACCUAGCCAAAACACUUUUUCAGUUUUGAUGAUCUGGAAGUUACAAAUGAAAGCAGUGUUUAUACUGAAUGACUUGGGUGGCAUUUUGAUUUUUCUGCUUUGCUGACUAUGUAUACAAACAUGAAGCAUGAACAGUCUUCCUAUGUAAGUAAAUGUCUACUGCUCCAA